AUGUGAUUUUUUUUUUAGGAAUAUGCCAGGUUGUGGGCCAAAAAAUUAUCCUUGCAUACUUUGCAACAAAAGGACAAAGCCUGGUGAAAGACGGCCUGUGAAUAAAAGCACAAGAAAGAUUUUAAGAAGAAACUUUAUGACUGAGUGUAGAGAUGGAGGUGUUUUAUGCAGAAAAUGUAGGAACAAAUGUGAUGCAUUAAAAGAAACACCACAUCAGGCAGAGAAAUCAUAUGGACCAUCCUGCACAGCUCGGCCCAUACAUAGCCCUGUUGGAAAAAGUACUGUAGGAAGUAUCAAGAGUCCACCUUCUGUGACUUUAUCUUUACUAAGCACAGUAAACAGCCAUGCUUACUGUGUUUUGUGUAGGAGACCUGGUCCCAAGCUAGUUGUGGUUUCCACACAGGCAAGGUUUAGCUUUUUCCUGGAACAGAACAUUCUAAUACCUGCAGGUUCUCGUUGUUGUCCAGCACAUAUAUUGAAUGAUGUCAUAAUCACAAAGACUAUAGAGAACCCAAUACCACCAAAGGACACAAGUUUUGUUAACAGAACUACUAUUAUGGAGCUUGUUGAGCAACUACGACAAGAAUCAUUAAGAAGAGGAUCAAAGAGAUUAGACUUUGAUGACCCCUCGUCAUUAUCAGAAAGAGAGUAUUUUACUCUCACUGGACUGAAGAAAAGUGAAUUCGAUGAUUUGUUAUCAUAUGUUGAAGCUGGAGACAUAAGGCCAUCAAAGUCAAGGAGUGUUAGAACCUGUUUAGCAAUCUUUCUGACCAAAAUGAGGACAGCUAUGGAUAACAAUAUGCUGGGAGUUUUGUUCAACAUGACUAAACCACAGAUUAGACGAGCUGUAUCCACCAUGAGACAAGCAAUUAGUAUCAACUUUGUCCCAAAUCACCUUGGUUUCAACCAUAUUAACAGGGAUACUGUUAUCCAUGAACAUACCAGACCCCUUGCCAAAGAACUGUUCUCUCCAACCCUCAACCAGGCCAUAUUAGUGCUGGAUGGAACAUAUAUAUAUGUUCAGAAGAGUUCACAGUUUUCCUUUCAAAGGCGGUCAUACAGCAUGCAAAAACAAAGGCAUCUACUGAAACCAAUGAUGAUUGUUACAACCACAGGAUACAUUGUAGCUGCCAUUGGACCAUAUUUAGCUGAUGGGAAGAAUUCAGAUGCAAACAUUUUAAAGCACAUCAUUGGUUCAGACACUCAAGAAAUUAAGACUUGGCUUCAAGAGGAUGAUAUCAUGAUAGUGGAUAGGGGCUUUAGAGAUUCUGCUGGAGUGCUGGAAAAUCUUGGCAUUCAUAUGGAGAUGCCGUCCUUUUUACAAAAAGGCCAGAGACAACACUCCACAGAGGAUGCCAAUAGUUCUCGUUUAAUUACAAAGAUUAGGUGGGUUGUGGAAUCUGUAAAUGCUAGAAUUAAGACGUGGCGCUACUUGGCAAGACAGCUUCCAAAUUCUCAGAUCCCACAUGUUGGCGAAUACGUGCGAAUUAUUAGUGCAAUCUGCAACAAAUACAGGCCCCCUCUCAGCAGUGGUGAUGAAGAGAGUGAUUUACAGAUGGCAGCCAAGAUGCGAUACCUCUCUACCCAGACAAAUCUGCUACAGAUGGAGGUAGAAUCAGAAAAUCUCUUUAAAAAACGGUACAUUUGGAGGAAGAUCGAUGAUGAAAAUAUCACCUUAAAUGACUUUCCUAAGUAUACAGAGGAAGAAAUUCGAGAAUUGACUCUUGGUGUGUAUCAAAUUAAAUUGGCAAAGUCUUACACCCAGGAACAUGUGAACCAGGAUGGAUAUGAGAUUUGGAUUGACAAGCACAAACCAGGCCUCCUUGCUGCCAAGAUCCAGAGUAGACAUAUCUCAAGCAAAUGCUACCUGUGCUGGAUUAGGUUUGAGGAUGGUGUCGUGACCUCUUGGUAUUGCCGUUGUAAAUCAGGAGCAAGAGUAGUUGGAACCUGUGCACACGUUGCUAGUGUUAUUUGGUACUUGUCCUUUGCUAGAUAUUCUAACGUGAUCAACCUUGAAUUAGGCAAGAACUGGUUAGACAAUGUAUGUGAUGCAGCGGACAUUCCGGAGGUAGUUGAUGAAAGUGACAGUGAAACUGAAGCCACUGAGGAAUGAAGGCAAUUUAACUUGUUGAUUGUGUAUUUCAAGUUUUGUAUUGUUCAUUUAGGUUGACAGGUUAUUGGAAUUCAUUUUUUCUUUUGUCUGUUUGGAAAUGUUCAUGUAUAACUUUUUUAAAAAUAAUUCCUUGUAUAAUUUUUUUAUGUGAGUGUAAUGUCGGAUGCGGAAAUGGGCCGCUCCACAUGUACAUUUUUACGUUAUCAAUUUUCUUGUUUAAUAUUUUAGUGUGAGUGUAAUGUCGGAUGCGGAAAUGGGCCGCUCCACAUGUACAUUUUUACUUUAUCAAUUUUCAAGUAUAAUUUUCUGUGUGAUUGUAAUGUCGGAUGCGGAAAUGGGCCGCUCCACAUGUACAUUUUUACUUUAUCAAAUUUCUUGUAUAUUUUUUUUUGUGUGAGUGUAAUGUCGGAUGCGGAAAUGGGCCGCUCCACAUGUACAUUUUUACUUUAUCAAUUUUCAUGUAUAAUUUUCUGUGUGAGUGUAAUGUCGGAUGCGGAAAUGGGCCGCUCCACAUGUACAUUUUUACUUUAUCAAAUUUCUUGUAUAUUUUUUUUUUGUGUGAGUGUAAUUUCGGAUGCGGAAAUGGGCCGCUCCACAUGUACAUUUUUACUUUAUCAAUUUUCAUGUAUAAUUUUCUGUGUGAGUGUAAUGUCGGAUGCGGAAAUGGGCCGCUCCACAUGUACAUUUUUACUUUAUCAAUUUUCAUGUAUAAUUUUCUGUGUGAGUGUAAUGUCGGAUGCGGAAAUGGGCCGCUCCACAUGUACAUUUUUACUUUAUCAAUUUUCAUGUAUAAUUUUCUGUGUGAGUGUACUGUCGGAUGCGGAAAUGGGCUGCUCCACAUGUACAUUUUUACUUUAUCAAUUUUCAAGUAUAAUUUUCUGUGUGAGUGUAAUGUCGGAUGCGGAAUUGGGCCGCUCCACAUGUAGAUUUUCUUUUUUAUCAAUUUCAAUGUUUAAUUUUCUGUGUGAGUGUAAUGUCGGAUGCGGUAAUGGGCCGCUCCAAAGGUAGAAUUUAAUUUUUUCAAUCUUAAUGUUUAAUUUUUCUGUGUGAGUGUAGUGUCGGAUGCGGAAAUUGGCCGCUCCACAGGUAGAUUUUCAUUUUUAUCAAUUUUCAUGUAUAAUUUUCUGUGUGAGUGUAAUGUCGGAUGCGGUAAUGGGCGGCUCCACAGGUAGAUUUUCAUUUUUUCAAUUUUUAUGUAUAAUUUUCUGUGUGAGUGUUAUGUCAGGUGCGGUAAUGGACCACUCCACAUGUAGAUUUUCUGUAUGAGUGUAAUGUCAGAUGUGGUAAUGGGCCGCUCCACAGGUAGAUUUUCAUUUUUUCAAUUUUCAUGUAAAAUUUUCUGUGCUAGUGUUAUGUUGGGUGCGGUAAUGGACCACUCCUCAUGUACAUUUUGAUGAAGUUUGAUACGGAAGUAGCUUGCUACAUGUGUAGAUUUUUCUUUCAAUUCUGGUGCAAUAAUAGGCCACUCCACUUGUAGUAAAUUUUUCUUUGGAAAAUAGAAUGUGAGUGUUCUGUCGGAUGUAGAAAUCGGCAACUCUACAUGUAAUCUUCUUUUUUCUGUUUUGUUUGUUACAUGUAUAUAUUAACAUUAAUGUUAUGUAAUUAUUUUAAAUUUUUUAUGAUGAUCUUGAUAAAUAUAUUCCUCAAAGCCAAAAAUACAAAGUCUU